GUUUGGUUGGCGCGUGCGUGCGUGUGUUGAACAACAACAGGCAUGUGCUGCUGCAGGAUAGUGCCGGAGUCGUUGCUGCUCGCGGCUCUCUUCGCCGUGGCCGCGCGCUCGGCGCCCGACGACAACCCGCUCGAGCGAAGGAUGGCCAGCAGCCUCGGCGGACACGCCAGCGCGAGACCCGCUGCCGAGAGACUGUCCAGGGCCGAGGAGUUCAAUCGGACCGGGGUGCUGCAGCCGGAGUUUCAAAUCAGGGCCACCCUCAAGCCCAACGAUAUGUCUCAGUUUUACUUACUGAGCCCGAAGAACGGAGCGCCGCCGACGCUGCUGGUGAGCCCGUGCAGUGGGCCAAUAGCUUGGAGCGUGAGCUACGUCUACCCUCCCGAAAGCGAUCAGCACGCGGAAGCGGGCAGCUGUCAGACGCACUGGCCGGUCAAACAGUUGAUCCCUGGCUCGCCGCUCUUCAACUACGAAGGCGCCGACACCAAGAACUUCACCAUCCCAGCGACCCAACCAAAUCUCUAUCGCAUCGACAUGAGACCCAUCAAUUCGCCUGGCCUUGACUUGAAGACUCGAUCGCCCAAUACCGUACUGCUCUAUGCCACUUCUGACGCCAUUGGCCAUUUGCCGGCCAGUUUGUUCUACUCCGGCAGGAGCAAGCGACACCAGCCGCUCCUCGAGUUUCAGCAGAAGUCCAGCAGGCGCAAGCUCAUCGUGUCCUGGAACAAAAGAUCUUUAUUAAGUACUUUUAGCCGCUCUCAACUCGACCGCAGCAGCUACCUACUGGCGGUGACCAAGGGGGCGCAGCUGCACCCGCCGACCCUCUGCGCGGCGGAGAACAUCAUGAAGAAGCACCCGUGCCCGAGCGCCGGCCAAGCCCGUGCUAAGCACAGGACCGAGCCCGAGGGCCUGCACUGCGUCAGGCGCAGCAAGCUCACGCUCGUCGGGCUGGACUACAACACCACCUACUACUUCACGCUCUACGUGAUCAACACGCACAACAACGUGUCGAGCAAGGUCAGCGAGGACAGCUUCAGGUUCCAGAGGAAGCUGCCGAUCGUGCUGCAGAGCGGACGCUACGCCACCGUGAACCUGAGGAAGAGCGACGGCCAGGCGGCGUUCCGCUUCAAGCCCCGCGACAACACCACCACGCUCUUCAACAUCCUCGCUUGCGGAGCUUGCUCGCUCAGGGUGAAGAUCCGGGGAGGUGGCUACUGCUGGGACCAGCAGAUAGGGGGCGAGUUCCUGCAUCGGGCGCCGGCGCUGCCGCCCGGCAAGCGCUUCGGUGUCCAGCUGUCGGCGUCGGCGGCGGACCUCGUGAAAAUGUCCAAAGUCAAGGUCCUCGCCAGCGAGGACGAGGCCUUCCCCUUCAGCGACUACAUGUUGCAGAAGAACGCGGCGGGCGCGUUGGGCAGCCUGUCGCCGGCGUCGCCGGCGUCGCCGUGGGAGUACCGGACAUUGCGCAAGUGUCGGGCGAAGCCAGCGUCUUGGUGCGUGAGAAGCGCAGCCAGCGCCAGCGGCAGCAGCGCCAGCGGCACCCGAGCGGCCUCGAGCACGAGCAUGAGGCCCUGCAACAGCCGCCGACCAGGCCCAGCCCACUCGCUCGCAAGGCCCUGCCCUUCUCCCUCGGCCACGCCACGCUGACAGCAUUGACACUCGCUUUCAAAAUGGCCCCCCAUCGACCACUCCUCGCGCCUCCUGCACUACAUAUUCACUCGCCUUCCCACACUUCGCUCACCUCUGUACUUGGAUGCCCUUCGCGCGCGACCCACCUUCGACUUCUUUCCUGCUUUCCUCCCGCCCCUUUGUUUUACUUGCGCAUGUGAAAGAGAAAGAGAGUGAGAGAGAGAGAGAGAGAGAGAGAGAGAGAGAGAGAGAGAACAGCUUGCACUGUGUGCCCCUCUUUUAUUUUUUUUCGAGACCACGAUGCCAUUGCCAACCAAUUUUUUUGUUCGGCGCUCAUUUGCUCGUUUGCGUGUAGGCGAUGAUGAGCAUACGACAUGUACAUGUUGAACUUCGUGUAAAGCCAUACGUCGCCAAUUCAUUUCUUCGCCUUUCCAUCCUACUCUCACCAAGGUUUUUAUAGCACAGUUAUUGCGCUAUCGCUUAUUUGUACUUCGCUCUCAAUAUUGGAUGUAUUUAUUUGGGCCUAUCUGCUAGGCAAAACAAAUUCUUUCCAAUUUUUUCUAUUUUCAAAAGUCCUAAGGUAAUAUAUGCUCAACUCAAUUGAUUUCCUUACAUGACAUCUCUUAUCGACUAGAUUGAUAAAUUAAUACAAUAUUCAAAAUGACAACUACCUACCCAAUUUGUUAUUCACUCAAAUCAUAUUAUAUUCCGAUUCAAAGUUAUAGCAGCUCUGAUACAAAUGUCCUGUAUUCACGAUUCUUACUUUCUCCACUCUAAUUCAAGUAACUGCAGAAUUAUAAAUUAUGAAUAUAAUUUUAUGAGAAUGAAACGAGACGUGGACCCUUAAGGGGAUCAGAUAUCGUUAAACGGUGAAAACUAUAAGUUUUAUUUACUGUAGUGUAAAAAUUG